AUGCCGAAGAUACAAGUUAAAAGAGGAGGAGAUCCUGGAGUUAGCACUGCGGUGUCCUCCAUAAUGCAACAUGAAAAUUUCAAGCGUAUGUUAAUGUUUGGAUUAAGAUCAUUGUCUGAUUUUUGUAAUCCUACAUCAAAAGUAUACAAAGAAAAUGCAUCAGAUGCUUUAGAUAGAGGUGUUGUAGUAUCUAUAAAAAAUGCAGUUAUUAAUUAUAAGGAUGAUGAUGACAUUUUGUUUUGUUCGAGUAGAGUAUUAUUAGCUAUGUCUGAUUAUUGUAUGAGUGAAAAAGAUACCGAUGCCCUACAAAAAUUGAUUGCAGAUGGUGGUGUAGAUGGUAUAGUAGAGAUAGUUAAAAGUCUUCCUUCAGAUCAAGAUACUUUAAAAAAUUGUAUGGCUUUUAUUAAAAAUAUGAAUGAUUCUAAUUAUCAAAUUGAAGGAAGAGAAGUAGGUAUUGCUUUAUUAAACGUUUUUACAUCAAAAACAUAUACCAAUAAGUUGACUAAUGGAAUAAUAUUAGCUUUGUGUAUUAUAUCAAAAUCUACCUCUGGAUCCAAAGGCUUAAAUGAUGAAGGUGCACAUCAUAAAUUAUUGGAUCAUUGUUUAAAUAUUAAUUCUUUAAAUGAUGAUACUGCUGUAAUUGUUGAAUCAGUUUUUGAUAUAAUUAAAAAUAUGUCUUCAAAUGGAUAUGUAGAUCCAACUAUUAUCGAAAAGUCGGUUAUAAUUUUAGAUAAAUUUAAAUCAUAUCCCAGAGUAAUUUCAAAAGGAAGUGAUGCUAUGAAAUGUGCUGUAGGACCAGAAGAAUUAACAAAAUGUUUAGAUGUUUUAAAAAAAUCAGCACAAGGUUCAAAAGAGCAAGAUGCUGCAUUAGAAUUAUUAAGUUCACUUUCUUAUAUUUCAUCAAUAACAGAUAAGGUUGUUGAAUCUGGAGGAAUACCUGUUCUUAUAGAAUUAAUUAAUAGUGGUUUACAACAAUAUGAAAGUAAUCCUCAAAAAAUUUCUCGACUAGUUGCAGGUGCAUCUAGAAUGUUGGGAAGAAUAUCAAAUAAUCCCCCACAUGCAGCUAUUGUAGUUGAAUAUGGAGGUAUUGCAACCCUUUGUACUGCUAUAUCUUAUUUUCCUAAUGACGUUGAAUGUUCUAAAGCAAUUUGUAAUGCUUUGACACCAUUUGUAUCUAGAUCAAAUUAUGUUUCUGAAAUAAAUAAUUAUUCUUUGUUUGCAUCAUUACUACCUAUUUUAUAUGGAUCUUUAGAAUCAGUAGAAUUAGCAAAAGCUAGUAUGGAAUGUAUUGCUUCUGCUUCCAUGAUUAAUGAAUUCCAUGAACAAAUGGUAAAUAACCAAGCAAUUGAAAUUUUAUCAACAUGCGUUCAGUAUCAUUUAACUGAAAUGGAUUAUCUUUUAAAUUGUUUCACAGCCUACUUUAGAUUAUCAGAUUAUAUAACAACUGUGGAACCUAUAAAUCAAUAUGGGGGUGUGGACGGUAUUGCAAAUGCAUUGCUAGCAGUAAGUAGCAAUAGUAAAAUAGUAGAAAUAGGAUUAAAAUUAAUUAAUAAAAUGUUAACUACCUCUGAUUCUGUAAAUUAUUUAAGUAAUAAACAAAUAGUGGAUUCAGUAUUAACAGUAAUGUUAGAAAAUGAAAAUAAGGAAGUUAUAAUUCAAGAAGGAACAAAGAUUAUGGAAAAACUAGCAACAGAAAGUGACUGCCAAAGGCAUAUAUCAAAUUUAGAAACAAUUAUUAAUUCCUCUGAAACAAAUCAAGAAGAAGCAUAUAAAACAUUAGCUGCCAUUUCAGGUUUAUCAAGAAUAGAAUCAUUAAAAAAUAUAUUAGAAUCUAAAGGAGCAGAUACCUCAAUUUUUAAUGGUAUUAAAAUAUGGAUUGAAUCUCCUAGAUUUAUUGAACAAACUAAAUUAAUUAAAGCUGGUUUAAAAACUAUUAAAACAUUAAAAUUAAAUGCAUCAGCUACGUUACAUGAUGUUUUAGGAUCCAUUGUUGAUUUAAUGUGUCUUUCUCAAGUAAAAAGAAUAGCAGAAUCUGAUGAACCUGAUGAAAAUAUAUUGAUAACAUCUAGUGAAUGUAUUAAUUAUUUAACUGAAGUAAAUAAAAUAAAUAAUGCCGAAAUUGUGGAAGCAAGUUUAGAAAAUAUAUUUAAAUUAAUGAAAAAAUAUUCUGAAUCUCGUUUAACCCAAAUUAAUUUGAUAUCAGCUAUGAAUAAUAUACUAUUAAGUAGUAAUAAAAUUGGUGUAGAUAUAUUAAUUAAUAAAGGAUAUAUAAAACAUAUUAUUACCUAUCUUCAGAAAGUUCCUAUGUAUGUUGAUGUACAAAUAAUUGGAUUUACUGUCUUGGCUAAUUUGGUUAAAAUUAGUCCUGAUUCUGUCGAGAGUAUAAAAAAAUUAAAUGCUUUGAUUCCAUUACAAACUGCUUUAAGAACACAUGCCAAAAAUAUGAAAUUAAAAACUACAUGUGCUCCUUUGUUAUCAGUAUUAAUGCCAUUGGAUUCUUUAACGAAUGAAAUUCAAGAUAUAAUAAAAUUAUGUAAUAAAUCUAUGAAUGAUAAAAAUUUAUCAAAAUUACAUGAAUAUUUAGUGGCUUUAAAUGAAUUAUUAUUAACACCUGAAGCUUGCAAAAUAGCAUCUCGUUGUAAUAUAGGAGAAUUUUUUAAUGACUUAACAGCUUGGUUAAAAAAAAAUCCAACUGUAUAUGAUUCGACAAGUAAGGAAGAUUAUGAAAUAUCAGGAAGAAGUUUAUUUGAUGCAGUUAUAUCUGAAAUAGCACAUGCUUGUACAAAUAUAUCACAAACAAGACUUGGAUUAGUACAUUUAACUAAAUGUAAUAUGGUAUCUGCCUUGGUUCAAUUACAUGAUAUAUUAAAACUUCCUGGUGACAAUUAUACUGAAGAAGCUGUUUCUAAUAUAUUGGAAGCUUUAAGUUUAUUAUUGAAAUAUGAUAUUACAAAUGCUGAAAUUGCAUUUAAUUCAGGUUUAAUUAAAAAACUAUGUGCAGGUAUUAAUUAUUUUUCACAUUCCGAUUCAGUAAUAAAUAGAACCUUUGGAUGUUUAGCAUGUAUGUGUACAAGUAAGAACCGUGUGAAUCAAUUAAUUAGUUGCCCAGAAUACGAAGGUCUUAUAAAAUUAAUAGUAGAAUUAAUAGGUGAUUCAGAAAAGAACAAGCUUUCAAGAGGUAGUGCAAUUAAGGCUGUAUAUGAGUUAUUAAAAACUGAGGAUGAAGAUAUAAUAAAAGAUAUAUCAUGUAAAACAUCUAUAGUUGAUAAUUUAUAUAAAAUUAUGGGAGAAUAUCAAGCUGAUUUAUCCAUUGUACAAGAUUGUUCUAGAUGUUUAGCAAUAAUAGUAGAUUAUGUUAAUAUAGAAGAAAUUAUGAAAGUUGAUAAAUAUACACCAAUGAAAGUUUUAUUAGAAUGCUUAAAUAAGAGUAAGAAUGAUGAGUUAACCGUUUUAGAAAUGUUAACUGUAUUAGUAAAAUUAUGUAAUAGUGAUGACAAAAUGAAAUUAAAAGAAUUGGGUGCAAUUGAUGUUAUUUCUGAUAUUACAAUGAUUCAUAGUGAAAAUGAGGAAAUUUCUAGAUUAGGAGGAGUUAUGUAUUCUUAUAUGGGAGCAGAUGAACAAGUAAAGAAAUUAAUGAAAUUAAUAUUAAAUGUGAAGAAGGAAGAUAGUGAUGCCGUACAAAAAAUUGAUAAUUUUACAAGUAAGUUAGAAAUGUUUUUAAGAGCUCCUUUGGAAAAUCCUACAGACGCUUUACAGUACACUGAAGCCACAUUACAAGUAUUAAAUUCUUAUUUAGCAUCUGAAGUAGAUAAUACUUCACUUCAAACAAAUAUAGCUUUAGUAACAAAAAGAUUGGUUGAUCGUGUGAAACAUGAUUCUGAAGAUCCCUUGGGAUCCUGGGCAGUUGCAUCAGCAGGAACCUUGAAUCAAUAUAUAGACAUGAUAUCUAAUAAGAUUGGUUUAUCUAAUUUUAAAUUUGUAUCUCCUGUGUAUGGUGUAUUAGGAGCUUGUGUUAUGAAUCCAUAUACAAAACAAUUGGUAAUGGAUAAAUUGCCACUUUUAAUAAAUAAUACUUAUGACAUUUUGGAACAAAAUAAGAAUAAGCCUUCUGUAGUACAGGGUGUGUUUGAAUUUUUGGAGCAGAUAGCAAAAGAUGAGGAAGGUUCUAAAUUACUUUAUAUGAAAUAUAAUGGUUCUAUGGGUAAUUUGAUAGAUCAAACUAUAACACUUAUGAAUUUGAAUAGAGCAAAUGAUACGGUAUAUUUACCAGGUAUUAAAUUAUUGUCAGCAAUAUGUGAGACUGCUAGUGUUUCUGGUUAUGGAAAUGAUAUGAAUACUUCUAAUAUAAUAGAAUCAUGUGAGUUAUUAUUAAAUCUAGGUUCUGAGAAAGAACGAACUGUUGAAUUUUUAAAUUUGAUUGAUACGAUGGUAUUGGGUAAUUUAUUGGAUGAAAAAGUGGCUUCUGAAGCAUUAAAAAAGAUAAAUAGUUUAGUAUCUGAAGAAAACUUAUCAAAAUAUACAGAAGAAAAUAGAGUUGAAAUAAUAAAAUCAUAUGCAGGUUUGGUUAAAGAUUGUGCAGCAACUGGAUUAUUUGCUCACAUUCGUGGUAUUGAAAAAGUUGAAAUUCUGAACAAUUUAGGAAAAUGUAUGGAAUAUGAACAGAAUGAAGAAGUUACUGUGGCUGUAUUGGAGGCAUUAAGUCAGAUAAGUGAAUCUGAUCCAAGUAUUGCUACAAAAAUAUUAACAUCUUCUUUACCAAUAAUUAUGGAAAAUAAUCGUGAUAAUAUAUUGAAUGAUACAACAACAGCAGAGGCUUUCUUGCAAGCAUUAGAGAAUUUAGUAUUGCAUGAAGGAGUUGGUCGACAACUUAUUAAUAAUAAAGAAUUGCAAGAUUUAUUAAAAGAAUUAGAAAAAACACUUGAUGAAAGAAAAGAAGAUUUGGGAAAAGAUUAUGUAGAAGACAUGAAGCUCAAAAUUUCUAAUAUAUGUAAUGCCAUAAAUGGUGAUAAACCUAAAGAGAAGAAAUGUAAAGAUGUGUAUGAUAUAUUAACUGAAUAUAAGAAAAGCAAUACCAUUAUCGAUGUGUUACAAGAGCCAUCUUUAGAAGAAGAUAUGGAUUUUGUAUUAGAAAGAUUAAAGGUAUAUAAUCAAGAUAAUUUAUUACCAACAACAGCUACAGGUAUAGACAAUUCAUAUGGUCAUAUGGCUAUUGAAAUGUUUUGUGAAAAUGAAGUAAAUAUUGAUGAGCUUAUAAAGAGAAACUUUCAUAUUAGCGCUUUCUAUUCUUUAGCAAAACAAACUAAUGAAAAUGUAAUACACUAUUCAUGUCGAUCUAUAUGUGCAUUUACAAAAAAUACUAAAGGUUUAGAUGCGGUAAAAGAUGUCAAAGACUUUGCAAAUGUUAUAAGUAAAUCUGUUGGAGAUUUGAGUAAAGAGAAUACAUUAGAUAAAGAAGUGAAGGAAGAUUUUUUAAUACAUCGUGUAUUAUUAAUAGAUAGAACUGCUUAUAAUAGAAAUGUGUAUGAUAAGACAAAUGCUGUUCAUUAUUUGAUAGAUAUAUGGAACCAAUAUGAUAAUGGUGAUUAUUCUGUUUUAUUAUUAAGACACGUAUUUCGUGCAAUGAGAAAAAUCGUAUCUGAUGCACAUGUACAAACUUUAUUAAAGGCUGGUGUAUUAGUUCGAUUGAUUAAUAUUAUAAAUAAUAUUCAAACUGACAAAAUAAUAUUCCCUGAUGUUUUAUUUUUAAUUGGAAGUUUAUCUGUUGUUAAAGAAAUAAAGAGUCAAAUUGGUGAAUUGAAGGGUAUAGAUGCAUGUGUGAAUUUAUUAUUAAGAUCGAUAAAUGUUGAAAAGAUGGAGCCUACCAUAACUAAUUGUUGUUUGGCUUUAGCAAAUAUGUGUAUAGAUCACAAAGGCAAUUCGAGUAUCUUUUGUAAUUUGAAAGGUCCUGAUGUAAAUGUGAAGAUCUUAAAGUUAUAUAGAUCUAAUUUUGAUGUAACGAAUGGAGCAUCUGUUUUACUUUGUAACAUCUUAUUUAGAAAUGAAGAAAUGAAGAAACAAUAUGGUAUUAAUGGUGCACCUGCUGAAUUAGUAGAAUGUUUAAAAAAUUAUGAUGGUAGUGAUAAUAAGAAUGCAGUAAGAUGUAUCGAAAGUUUAUUUAAAGCUAUUUCUAACUUAUCUUUAUAUACAGUAAAUGUAAAAUAUUUCUUGGAAGCACAAAUCCAAGUAUCUUAUGAAUCAUGGUUAGGAAAUUUAAAUGAAUCUUUUCCAGAUGCACAACUUGAGACUGGUUUACGUACCUUAUCAAAUUUGGUUAUGGAGAAUGAUGAAGAAAAUAUGAGGAAUUUUGGAGUUACCUUAAUUCCAGUAUUAAAUGUAUUAAAGCAAAACAGAGAGGACACCAAAGUAAUUUUCUUAUUAUUAGAUAUAUUGUGUUCAUUGUGUCGUUUAAAUGCUAAUGCUAAAAUAUUUGCUGAAAAUAAUGGAAUAGAGACAACUAUAAAUGUGAUACAAUUAUAUGAUUAUGAUAUAACGUUAUUAUCAUUGGCAAUACAUUUAUUAAGUAACCAAUGUAAGAUUGAAUCUAGUUUACCUUUAUUAGUUAAGGCAGAUGCCUUUUCUAUAUUGAUUAGUUGUAUGGAAGCUGAAACAGAUGAAUUUGAGAUGACUGAGUUGGUUGUAUCAUCAUUAAGAUGUGUAAGACGUUUAAUACAAUCUGAGGAGUUGGCUUAUGAAUUUUGUAAUUGUGGUGGUGUUCCAUCUAUGGCAAAUAUUAUAUGUAAAUCAAUGAAGAAAUCUAUUGUAAUGUUAGAAGUGUUACGUGUUUUAUUAUGUGUAUUAUAUUAUACUCAAAAUGUAGAAGGAGUAACAAAUGAAUAUCCAGAAGAAGAAGAAGAAUUAUAUAAUGCUCGUUUAGGUGGAUGGUAUAAUAUAAGUAUGGACAAAGAAAUGAUUGAUUCUAUAAUUCAAGCAGUUUUGACUUGUGCAUAUGAUGUGAAUCAUCAAAAACAAUUACGUUUACAAAAGGUGUCUCUUGGUUUAUUGGCUUAUUUUGCUUAUCACCGAUUAGGUAUUAUAUCUAUGACUGCCUCAGGUUUUGAUAGUUUAACAAGAGAAGUAUUAAAUAAUUUUGGAGGGGAUCCGGUUAUUAUGCAAUUGUUAGCAAUAUGUAUAGAUAACAUAGCAAUGUAUUCUGUAGAAGUAUAUGACACAACGAUCACAAGAGAUAUAAUAAAAUGUUUCAAGGGCGCAUUAUCAAAAAUGAGUAAUAAAAAAGAAGAUAAGCAAGUAUGGCAGAAGGUGGAAAUGACUUUAGAGGCCAUGAAUUCAGCUGAUGAUCCUUUGGAUGCAUUUAAAAAUACUUUAUUAAUAUUUGAUUUUAAUUUAUCUGAGUUUGAUAAGGAUCCAUAUGUAAAUGGUGUACAUGAUUUAGCAUCUAAUGUAAAGGAUUCUUUAAGAAAAGGAGGUCAAAGUAAAAUAUAUUAUCAAAGUGAUGAAAGGCGAUUAUUUAAAUGGAAAGCAAGUCAAGAUCUAAAUACAUUAGAAUGGACAAUAGGAGAUGAUACAGAACGUGUAUUUAAAAUAUCGGUUGUUCGUAUAAAAAAUAUAUCAAAAGGAUUAUCUCAUCCAAUAUUAAUAUCUGCAAAUAAGAAGGAGCCAAGAAAAGUGAGUGCAAAAGUAACUUUAUGUAUAUAUGGACCACCUACUGAGGAUUUCCCAGAAGGAUUAGAGUUGCCUAUAAAGACAAAAUCACAGAAAGAAAGAGAUGCCUUUGUGGAUCUAAUAGUAUUAUGGCGUGACGCUGCAAGUUAUAACUAUUAA